UUUCCAUGUGUCCCACGGGUUGGAAGGCAGCUGAAAGUUCAAACAGACACACACUCCCUCAUACUCGGCAUAGCAAGAACUCACAGAUUGUCUGCGCCGCAAACAACUCGGAUUGUUCACAGUUCAUAACUUGCUCAAGAAGGAUAAUUCAGGGGCUUUUUUUGUUGUUGUUGUUUUCUUUUCUAAAUUUCAACUUUUGCAGCUCUUAGAAGUUCGCUUUUCUACCCUUCGGUUUGCUUGCAUGGGACAGGUAGAAAGAACAAAGUGUGGGGAGAAAGCAGCCGAAAGCAGUGCCUGUGAGAGUCUGCCGAAUAGAGCAGCCAGGGGAUGCAGGUGGCAGCAAGACGAUCCUUGUGUAUUUAAACUUUUUUCACAUCUAAGGUGAAAGGUGAAGGAUUAUGUCAGGCAGAGGAAUUCAGUCUUCAUGUGAAAGUGAUUCUGAGCAAAGCCUCAACAGCACCCGGGCACCAUGUGACCAUUCGCUUUUGCAGUAUGGUCACUACUAGGAGGCAACCGUGUCUGUCUUCCUGUAAGGGACACAUGCCGAAGAGCCGGUGUGAGCGCUGGAAAUGGGCUGGGACACCCACACCCCGGUGGAGAAUUAUCAGCCGGGAGGAGAGAUAAUUAACGCAGUGCCAAUGGACAGCCACAGGCUGGGUGGGACACAACAAGAGCUUGACAGGUGGGCCUCCAUGAGUUGUACACACAGAGCUGGUAGGCGAAAAGAGGACGUGGUUUUGGAAGAGAAUGAGGAGGAGUUGGCGGAAGUGGAGGGAAAAAUGAAGACAGACGGGUUUCUAAAACAGUACACCGAGAAUGCAGGUGACUCUUUUCAACAAGCUAAAGACUUGGUGGAGUUGGCUGCUAGAACUCCUCAGCUAGAUAACCGUCAGCAAAAUAUUGAAGGUGUAGUGUUACGCUCUGCCACCAUCUUUGGGAAUCAUGGCAUUGCUGCAGGUCAUAGGUCCUUGCCUCGGGCCAUGUUUCGUGGACUACAUCUGGAUGAAGCUUUACAUGGCAGGAAAGGUGUGAGCAUGCAUGGUGACCAGCGUCCUGAGCAAGAAAGACCAUUCCGGAGGCCAAGGAGCGUGUGCAUGCUGGCAGGCCCGGGCUCAAUCUUGCCAGAGUCGCCGACUUGUGAAGCUUUUGUCAGUGGAGGCUUCUCAGUAAGCACCCAUUUACACAGGAGCAGGAAAACUGAGCUUACGGCUGUGGAUGGUGUUGGUCCUGAUGGAGUACAGCAGCUUCCCUCAGAGGUGAUCCCUAGGGUCCGCCAGAGAAGCUGGAAGCAAAGACCGGUUAGUAUGACUGUUCUGGAGCUAAGGAAGAACGUCUCUGAAGAUGAACUAGACAGUCAGAAGAGUUCCACUCGUAUGAGCCAUGAUGGGGGCGGUUUUCUUAAAGGGGGCUUCCGUUGGAAGCUGUUUGGCAAAACUUCUCAAGAUAAAAGCAAAGAAAGUGAACGUGGGAAAUCUUCACCAAAGGACAGCAAAUCAGAUGCUCCUAAAACCAUGUUGAGCUCCUUAAGACGGAGCCUCAGUCUACGAAUCAAGAGAACUCGGCCCCGGGAGAAAAUCACCAUAGAGCCCGAGAUGAUGUCAAAGGAGACUAAGAGUGCUGAUGAGGACAGAACAAUGACUCUGCGGCCUUUCUCCUACCUUACAGGAAGAAUUCUUCCAUCUUCCAGUGGGCCAGUAGAGGAUGGGGGCAUGCACUACAUUCAGUACCACAGCAGGGGAAAGGUCAAGGUAAUGGAGGUGCCUGACUGUCCGGCUAAGCUGUCUACCAAACCAACUCAGGAAGAGCCGAGCAUAUGGCAGCUCAUAGCCAGUCGUUUCAGGAGGAAAGAACAACCGCAAAGUGGCAAGUGUGGGUCUCAGCAGUCCCUAAGCAAAGACACCAGCCAAUAUACCCUGGACAGGAGCAAUAAAUCACAGUCAGUUACCAUAGAGACACUGGCAAGUGUAGACUCCACCAAAGGUCAAGACUCUUUCGUCAACAGCCAGGAAUGGACGUUGAGUCGGUCAGUGCCAGAGCUGAAAGUGGGCAUUGUAGGUAAUCUGUCCAGUGGGAAAUCAGCUUUGGUGCACCGGUACUUGACGGGCACAUAUGUGCAGGAGGAGUCUCCUGAAGGUGGGCGUUUCAAGAAAGAAAUUGUGGUGGACGGACAGAGCUACCUUCUUCUGAUCAGAGAUGAAGGCGGGCCUCCAGAAUUGCAGUUUGCCGCCUGGGUGGAUGCGGUGGUUUUUGUCUUCAGCCUGGAGGAUGAGAUCAGCUUCCAGACAGUCUACAAUUACUUCUUACGCCUGUCGAGCUACAGGAACACAGCCGAGGUCCCGAUGGUCCUCGUCGGAACACAAGAUGCAAUCAGUGCCGCCAACCCCAGAGUGAUUGAUGACUCACGGGCCAGAAAGUUAUCAAAUGACCUGAAGCGCUGCACAUACUACGAGACCUGCUCCACUUAUGGACUGAAUGUGGAGAGAGUCUUCCAGGACGUUGCCCAGAAAGUCGUGGCCAUGAGGAAAAAGCAACAGCUGUCUAUCGGUCCGUGCAAAUCGCUUCCCAACUCCCCCAGCCACUCGUCAGUCCCCGCUGCAUCGCUGCCUUCUGUUCACAUUAAUCAGGCAGCCAAUGGCGGGGGUGCAUUCAGCGACUACUCCUCCUCUGUUCCCUCCACCCCCAGCAUAAGCCAGCGGGAGAUGCGCAUUGAGACCAUCGCCGCCUCCAACACGCCCACGCCAAUCCGCAAGCAGUCAAAGCGCCGCUCCAACAUUUUCACAUCACGGAAAGCCAGUGAACAAGCAAAGAGCGUUGACAGUAAAACAGACAGCAUAGGCAGUGGAAGGGCCAUACCUAUCAAACAGGGAAUCCUUCUAAAGCGAAGUGGCAAAUCCCUCAACAAGGAGUGGAAAAAGAAAUAUGUCACACUGUGCGAUAACGGCGUCCUUACUUACCACCCCAGUUUACAUGACUACAUGCAGAAUGUGCACGGGAAAGAGAUUGACUUGCUACGGACAACAGUCAAAGUUCCAGGGAAGCGACCGCCCAGAGCUGUGGCCACUGUUGCCCCCACCGCAAGUCCCAAAACCAACGGGCUGACCAAAGACCGCAGUGCUUUGCAACUGGGCAUAGGAAGCACAGGCGCUCCUCAUUCAAACAGCAGCACAUCCCUCCAGACGGGCGGCUCCAUGUUUAGCAGCAGUAAAGAUGGCAUGCACCCCCGCUCCUUCUCCGUGUCAAGUGCCGACCAGUGGAACGAAGCCGUCAUCAACACGAGCGCCAGCAGCGGUGCCACCAAUGGAAUGAGUGAACCUGUGACUGGCACUGCCACAAGUCCAAAACUUGAGCCGCCUCCCUCGCCACACGCCAAUCGCAAGAAACACAGGCGGAAAAAGAGCACGGGCAUCGCGAAGCCAGACGGCUUUUCUGCAGGCCAUGAAGAACUAGAAGACUCCUUUGAGUUUGUUAUUGUGUCAUUGACGGGUCAGACGUGGAACUUUGAGGCAUCUACGUACGAGGAGAGGGAGCUGUGGGUCCAAGCGAUCGAGAGCCAGAUCUUCGCCAGCCUGCAGUCGUGUGAAAGCAUUAAGAACAAGUCUCGAUUAGGCAGCCAAAGUGAUGCAAUGGCCAUUCAGUCCAUAAGAAACGUGAGGGGGAACAGCUUCUGUGUGGACUGUGAUGCACCCAAUCCAGACUGGGCCAGUCUGAACUUGGGUGCCCUAAUGUGCAUAGAGUGCUCAGGGAUCCACAGGAACUUGGGCACCCACCUGUCUCGUGUUCGCUCCCUUGACCUGGACGACUGGCCGGUGGAGCUCAGCAUGGUGAUGACCGCCAUCGGCAACGCAAUGGCCAACAGUGUGUGGGAGGGGGCCUUGGAGGGCUAUACCAAGCCGGGGACCGACAGCACCAGAGAGGAGAAGGAGUGCUGGAUCCGAGCCAAGUAUGAGCAGAAACUCUUCUUGCUGGGACUGCCCCAGUCAGAUGUACCUCUGGGGCAGCAGCUGCUUCGGGCAGUGGUGGAGGACGACCUGAGGUUAGUAGUGGUGCUGCUGGCCCACGGCACCAAAGAAGAGGUUAAUGAGACUUACGGGGACGGCGAUGGACGCACUGCUCUCCACCUAUCCUGCGCAAUGGCCAAUGUGGUCAUCACACAGCUGCUUAUCUGGUAUGGAGUGGACGUGAAGAGCCGGGAUGCACGCGGGCAGACGCCCUUGUCCUACGCUCGGCGAGCUGGAAGCCAGGAGUGCGUAGACAUCUUACUUCAACAUGGUUGCCCCAGUGACAACAGUGGCCUGACCUCCGUGCCCACACCCAACAUGAGCCGCCGCAACCCCAAUCCCAACAUCAACAACAACAAUGCCCAGUGUGAGCUCAACCGCAGCAUCAGCAUCAUGUAGGAACCAGAGAACAGACCCAGAACCAACCUAGUCUGCUCCCAGUACUUCUCCAGAAUUAGUACCAAUGGAGAGUUUUCAAGACAGAUGUUCCACUACGCUGUUCGGGGGUUUGUAUUUGCAGCGGACAUUGCUCCUUUCAUACAACUGUUUUAUUGACGUUCUUGUCGAAAAGAUAACUCUUACUUGGAAUCGAUCUCGGUCAGCUGUAAGCUUUUUGUUUUUAACGCGUCAGCCAAACAAAUGACUCACAUUGCCGUUGAUACCUUCACUAUGAAAAGCAUUUCCUUAAUGCUUGAACAUUUCCUCUCAUGUCUACCCCUUCUGGAACUGAAUUUUUUUUUUAACAAGUGUGAGUGAGAAACCUUCAAAACAUAAGUGCAACACUAUGAAACUGUGAGGAAUAUAGUUUAACAAAUGACAAAUAAGGGAUGAGGAAAUGAAGUUAAAUCUUCCGUGAUGUGCGACACGCUAAUGAUGCAUGUCUUCAACAGAGCGAUUGAACUCUUGUCGCACCGCUCAUAUACAAAGGCAAAGCAAUUACAGCCUAGUUUGCAAGUGGUUUAGAUAAAUUUGCAGGAAAAUGAGGUCGGUUCAUAAAGGAGUUGAUUGCACAAUUCCUGUGAUAGUGAGCAAAGUGUCUGUGAGUAUAAAGGAAUUAAAGGGCAUAAUAUUUUAUGACCAUUGAGCCACAUGGCUUUAUAAGGGUGCCUCUUCAAUCAGAAUUCAUUCAUAUUCAAAGGUUUGAUUGAAACUGUGAAAUCGUACCAUUAUGAUGCCUUUGUUGGACUGAUUUGACCAGAUUGUGUUAAUAAUUGUUUCACGCGCGCGCGCGCGCACACACACACACACACACACACACAGUUCAAAACCAUUAGCGUACUGGAAUAUCUGUUUCACCUCCUACGGACGAUGUCCCCAAAGGUCGGUACUGUCGACAGCAUUUUCUCCACCAUCGCUGCGUACGAUCAUGUGCGUCUGUGCUUACGUGUUCGUUCGUGUUUGCGGCACAGAGCAAUCGGGCUUUUAUGUUUACAGUUUGUUGAAAGGACACAGGAGAGAAGACACUUGGGAAACUGUGUUUUUGUGUACAUAAAUAUGUAAAAAGUAGCUUUUUUCUUCUUCUUUCCGAUACAGUUACUGACUUUUUGGAAUCAACCAAAUAUGACACUUGUGACUUGGGGUGUUUUGCUGGGAUUCAAAAUACAUUGAUGUGUCAAAUUGAGAUGACUAAAACGGGCAGAAAUGAAAAUACUAUUAGCUAUAAGGAUUUGUAGAUUAGCACAUAAUACAAAAAGUAUCCCAUGAUAUGCAGAUAGUAAGUUCGACUUGGGCAAGAAUUGCGCACAGGUGGAACUGGCACAACAUUUCUAUUUUAUCUUUUAUCUGGCUGACAUUUUUGAUGUUUUAACCUGGUUUGUUUCAGGAUCUAUGUUUACAGAGCGUUUUAUUGUUUUAACAGUAUUUUUUUUUCUAAACUCACACGGAACGAAAAUGCAGACAUCACGGGACGUGGCCCAAAACUAGCCACGUAGUCAGCUUGUUCAGUUGAAUUACAGUCGAAAUGUGUCGAGGUUCCGACUUGUAUUUCUGCUGCGUGGGUGUGAGCGUUUACUUGACUGAGCGAUUUCAACCAUUUAUUACAUUUCACCGUCUGAGAUGUCUAAAACUGUUGUGCGAUUACCUGAACUUGUAGUGUAGAUGCUGAAAAACACAAAAAAGUAAAAAAAGAAAAAAAAAAAAAAACUUUGCCUGUUUAUCCCCAAACACAACAUGACGUGUACAUAUUAGCUUAAUACUUUUACCUGAAGACGUGCUCCUCUGAGGGAAGCAAAGCGGUUUUGGGUCAACACUGACCUGAAACCACAUUUUGAUAAGUUGUUUUAGUUUCUCCAUAUUUUAAAGGUACUUCUGUUUGGUCUCAGCAUUAACGGACCAUCUUUGGUACUUGUGUAUAAUGAUGUACAUUUGACAUAUUUAUAAUACAGUAUGUAAAUAUCUUUUUUUUUAUUUGUUUGUUUAUGCGCAGUUCAUUUUCCAGUUGUAAUUCAUUUAUGUUUAGGAUGUGAAACAAAGCAAAAGCUAAAGAGUUCCUUGUUGUAUGCUUGGAUGCUUGGCUGACUGUCGACCUAUUAAUAAAUGUUCAAAUAAAGAAAUUAGCCGUCCCUUGAUUCGGGGGAUUCAACA